CGUCAGGCUCUCACUUGUACGUGACAGGAGGAUCCGGCGGCACGCAGAGAGAGUCGAGGCUGCAUUCGCUAUAAGAUAAAAUGGCCGGGCUUCCUCGCAGGAUCGUCAAGGAAACCCAGCGCUUAAUGGCAGAACCCGUUCCUGGAAUAAAAGCUGAACCAGAUGAUGGCAACGCACGGUAUUUCCAUGUUCUAAUUGCAGGUCCACAGGAUUCACCAUUUGAAGGAGGAACAUUUAAACUUGAACUAUUCCUUCCUGAAGAGUACCCAAUGGCAGCUCCUAAAGUACGUUUCAUGACCAAAAUCUAUCAUCCGAAUGUAGACAAGUUGGGAAGAAUAUGUUUAGAUAUAUUGAAAGAUAAAUGGUCUCCAGCUCUGCAGAUCCGUACAGUGCUUCUAUCAAUUCAGGCUUUGUUAAGCGCACCCAAUCCAGACGAUCCAUUAGCAAACGAUGUAGCUGAGCAGUGGAAGACAAAUGAAGCCCAAGCUAUAGAGACAGCCAAAGCAUGGACUAGGCUAUACGCCAACAAUAACGCUUAAACUCCUCUUGCUCUUCAAGUGUGCAUCACUUCUUCUGUUCUGCCAAGAUUUCUUCCUUAUAUUUUUUCUUUUGCGUUCAAUGGACACAGUCUUAAAAAGAAAAAAAUUAAAUAAAAAUACAGAUAAAAAAAGCCCAGACAUGGUCAGUCUUUGGUGAUUAAGUGCACAAUAGCAGAUCUCAUGUAUUGUCCUGAUUCACUGUUUGUAGCGCAUGAGCAGAGGCAGUAGAUUAUCAUCAGCAUGUUCCUUUAACAUUUAAGAGGUGGCAAGACCUCUGUAACUUUCCAUUUUAGCAUCAUAAUUUCAGUGUGAGCACUGUGAAUGGAAAUAGUCUAGGGUUGUUGCAGUAUCCUACUUUUUUUUUUUUUUUUUUUUUUUCCUUUUAACAAAUGGAUACCUCCUUUUUAUUAAUUUUUGUUUGAAAAAGGCUAACCUUUCUGUAGUAUGUUGGCCUCCUAGCUCGGUUCUGUAGACAGACAAGCUUGCCCGAAGACACAAAAAAAAGUUGUGAAUCCAGUGUGACCCCCUAUUAAAUUAUAACUAACUUCUCUUUUUGAGUGUUAAACCAUCCAGAGCUUGUGACCAUUUUGUAUGGCUUGUCUUGGAAAUCCUGUAAAUCUUAUGUUUUAGUAAAAUAUUUUUUUUGUUAUUCUA